GGACGACUAGUGCGCCGACACUCAGCAAAAGCUGAUUUGGCGGCCGAACCGUUAGGUUUGAUUCCGAUCGCAUCUCCUCCGCCCGGAUUCGGUGACAACAAUAACGAUGUCUUCGCCGACGACUUCGGUACCAAUCGUUCAGAUGAUAAUAACAAAGAGUUAUCUGAGAUCUCGCCGAAGAAGUCGACCUCCGAGUCGAGUCACGUGGCGGUCGCCAACGAUGGCUCUGAUAUCAUAUCGUCGACCACAACAGACAUGGAUGACCUAUUGUCCAGCGCCGACAACUCAAAGGUGACAAUGAGUUCACCGACAGUGGUGUCUGAGUUGAACCAAUCCUUGACUUCCACUCCCCCUCACAUCCAAACCUCUGGCGCCGAUUCAUCCGUCGAUUUACUGCCAUUGGAUUCGCCUAUUAGUCGCCUGAAGAAGCAAUUGAUGGAAACACUGAUAUCUCCCGACAGCGAGUCAUCC